AAUCAAUUUAAAUCUAUUGUUUGAAUACAAAAUAAAACUUAGUUUUAGUUCAUAUGUUUAACUUAUUCGCAACAGUCGUGCAAAUUCAAAGGUCACCAUCACUAUUACCGCUUCAUUCAGCUAACAACUAAACAACUUAUAAAUUAGUAAGUACAGGACGCGCUACUGAAUUUCGGACGAAACAAUAUAAUUCUAGGAAGUUUAGUGGAUCGCAAGAUGCCACAUAAGAUCGUGGUUGCCAUUUUUUUGCUAAUCACCGGGCAAACGGUACUUGCGACUAACUCCACCGAUCGUCAGCAGGACUCAAAUAGCGACGGCGACGAUGGCGGAAUGAAGUCAAUGAACAUCGAGCUGAUAAAAUUGUCUAUACUGAACAAGCUUGGCAUGCAGCGACCACCGGAGUUUGGCAACCGACUAUCUUUACAAGGUCAAUUAAAAAAAUACAACAACAACAGUGGAAGUUCCACGGUGACGCUCCCGCAAUUCCGGAACAGGUCGUAUCGCAUAAAUGUGACCGGAAACGACACUAUUGACAGUCACAACGGUGACGAUGACGAUGAUUAUCAUGUCCAGACGCAAAAGCUAAUAGCGUUCACUCAGCCACAUCCCACGAUGCAGAAUUUUCAAGGACAAUUUCCACUUUACUUUACGUUUUCCGACCCAACUCGCCACUACAGUAUCACCAAAGCAAUCCUUUGGGUGUACAAAAGACAGUUGUUGGACGUGAUCAUCGAGGAUUCAGUGAUUAUCAUCGACGUGUACAAAAUUGAUGCAAAUAACUUGCAACAGUCAUUAGUUUCUAGCGUAAAGGUGUUUAAUACCACCGAACCGGGCUGGGUGCCCAUUGAACUACAGAGAAACAUGUCCGAUUGGUUAAAGACUGUUGACGGGACCAAAAACUUAACGUUAGUGGUACAAGCGUAUUACCUAAACAAGAACACCACUCAUGACAAGAUGCCAUACAUAACGGACGCUAGAAAAAGAGAAGACAACAUGACCGAGGUCCCGUACUUGGAGGUGCACACCCACAACGGAUAUCGUAAUAAACGGGAAUCAAGGUCUGGGUCAUCGACGUGCAGCAGGCAUCCGGUAAUGAUCGACUUCUCUGACAUUGGUUGGGACUGGAUCCUUGCCCCCAGAAGAUUUACGUUUUACUACUGCUUGGGAGAGUGCAGUCCAUCGAUUCCAGUGCAUUUCGAAGUAGAAUUGCAGACCUCUGCCGAAAGUCGGUGUUGCGUACCACGUAAGACGUCAAAUUUUACCGUAUUGCACACGGACAGAUUAGGUAAUAUCUUCUCGUCGGUGAUACCCUACAUAAUAGUGGACGAAUGUGGAUAACCUUAUUAUGUUUAUUUGGGUAAACGCAUGUAUAUACAUCAUCAUUGAUUAGACAUUCUAAUAAGCGUUUGUACACCAAAAAAAAAAAAAAAAAUACAAGUGUAUUGUCAUAAUCUUGUGUAAAAUGUAUACAAAAGUUAACCGAUAAUAUUGUUCAAUUUAUAUUUAUUAUAGUAUGUAUAGAAAAAUUACUAUGUAUGUGAUGUGUUUACAAUAAAUGAACCAUCUAAAUACACUUUUUUUUACAGUUUACACAUUAAAUAUUAACCUAUAUAAUCCGGAAGCACAAAAUAAGACACGUGCAACGUGUGUUUGGAGUAAAACUUCAGUUAAUAUCACCGAUUUUAGUGCAUUGUUCUUAGCUUGCUAUUUUAUGUUUUGAGCAGAACUAAUAAGACAUGCAUGUUGUAGAUACAGAAAAGCUAUAAACUAAUUAAAAUUGUCUAUAAGUACUUGCUUGGAUAGUUUUUUAAACUCUAACUUUCUACGUAUUAAUAUGACAUUCUGAAUAAUUGUUUAGUGCAUUUAUUCUUCUUUUUUUUUUUUGAGAUUCGUACUAAAACCUAUUAUGGGUAGAAACUCAUUUUUGCACACAAUUAUAAAUGUAUAAACAAGUAAAUCCAUAUCUU